UCUCAUCUCAGUAACGAGUUCCCUUUGCACUGUGGUUUUCUGGAUAACAUGGAUUAUGCGGAAAUUGACUGUGGGCAUCAUGGCGCAACCUCAUCUGGUGUCAUCCGAUCCUCUGCUGUCUCUAUGCCAGUCCAUCGAUGAGCUCGCACCGACCUCCCUCAACCCAACCACAUUUGCUGGCUUGUCCUCGCGGUCAAAUUCUACUCAACGUUCGUCACUAAAGUCCACUACUAUUGCCUCUACUUCACAGGCUAGCCAGUCGUAUCUCAAUGACGCUUCGUACUCUCGACAUAGAAAAACUUUCUCUUCAUACGACCUUUCAAGCUUCUCACUAAACAAAACAUUUGGUUCCUUGGCCUUUACUUACCAAUCAUCCUUGGAGGGUCGAGGAGGUGCGCCUAAAACGCUGCACCAAUGUCCUCAUUGUCCAUACCAGUCACCGAAGCGGCAGCAUCUUGAGUAUCACAUCAGGCGGCACACUGGCGAGAAGCCCCAUGCUUGUCCCCACUGCACCUACCGAGCGGCCCACGAGAGCAACAUGCGACGUCACGUCACUCUGCAUCACAGAGCGUCUUCUCCCGGAGGAUUCAUGGCGACGCCUUCGUCCAGCCAAACUUCCUCGGAAGACGCGACGACCUCAGCCGCGACCAACCCAGCAGCAACGAGCUCCUUAGCGGCGCCGCUACCCACGUGACCGAACCUCUCGUCGGCCGACAUGCGUUUGUGGGCGAGGAUUCCGUGAUGCUCACGUGCU